AGCACGGGGAAGGGAACUCCCUUCAAAAAUUAACACAUCUUUUUGACUGAGAUUUCUAUGGUAUUUUCCUCGUAGAACUCCUUCCUGGAUAAAUAUUUGAGUGAGAGCGAGCCAGAGGAUGGGAAGUCAGAAGAUGAAAAGCAAAAAGAAAAGCAAGUUGAAAGAAAGCCGGUUAAAAAGAAAGUUCAAAAGAAAACAAACAAAACUAGCAACGAAAAAAACCUUAAUCAUCGACAGCGCUCCAUGAGAUGGAAAGACAUAAGACUUGUUGCUGGAGAUGACAGUGACGAAGAAGAGAAAAAAGUUAUAAAGCCGCCACAACCCAAAGUGAAACAAACUCGCAAAGAAAGCCGGAACAACAAGCAAAACAUCCACAGGCGGUCAACGGUUCCCAGAAUUCCAACCGAGCAGGCGGAGAGUUCAACAGAGAGCGAAGAGGAAGAUGACAGAGUGUUGGACGGCAAAGUGAGCGUGGCUGAUCUUCCCUCCGAGUAUUGGCAAAUACAAAGGCUUGUCAAGUUUUUAAAGAUUGGUAACCAGGUCGCCACGGUUAUCACGCUGUGCGGCCUGACGGACUUCAACUUAACACAGGAGAUGACUCAGAUGGCCAUCAGAGAUGUCAAUGGAUUAACAAUCCUUGUCAAUAUUCUCAGAACCGACCACGUGACCUGUCAGGUUGGUGCCUUAAAGGUUCUUCAACAGUUGACAUUAAAUAGUAAAUACAACAGGCGAGCAGUUAUCAACAUGGGAGGGGUUCAGAUCCUUGUGAACCUCAUCACCGAUUGUCCACAGGAAGUACAAAGCUUAGCAGCAGCUAACCUGGCAAACAUGGCGAAAUCCAGUCUAGGGAGAAAUAUUCUGAAAAGACAUGGAGGGCUACAAAAACUGGUUGGUCUUCUAGACUAUGAAGACGGACGAACGCGAAGUACUGGAAGAAGGAGCUCUGAUAACCAAUCCCCAGGCCACCACGGAUCAGAUCUGGAAGUUGCACGAAAUGCAGCGCUUGCGCUGUGGAGUUGCAGCAAGAGCACGCGCAGUAGGUCAGCAAUCUUCAAGGCUGGUAGUGUCCCGUUACUUGCCAAACUCAUCCGGCUGGACAAAGAAGAGGUCCUCGUCCCUAUUGUAGGACUUGCUCAAGAGUGUGCAGUGGAGAGUCGUUUUAGAGAAGCUUUCUAUAAGGAAAGUAUGAUAGCGGCAAUCGUGCAGCGCUUGGUAACAGAUAAUGAGGAGCUUCAGGGUUACUGUGCCAACGCGAUAUUCAAGUGUGCCGUGGACGAACAGACAAGAAAAGCUGUAUAUGACUGCGGGGGCCUGGACACACUCGUCUCACUUCUUUCCCGCCAAGAUAACAAGAAGCUGUUGGCGGCUGUGACCGGUGCUAUAUGGAAAUGUGCAAUCAGCGAAUACAAUGUUAGAAGACUAAUGGAAGUCAAGGCUUUGGAGACCCUCAUCUGGCUUCUCCAGGGAGACGAGGGCGGAGACGAACUUCCUGAGCAAGUUCAACUCCAUAUUGUUGGAGCCAUUGGAGAAAUUGCCAAAGAUCCUAAAGGUCCAUUGGAAGUAUUACGGUGCAAAGGCUGUAAGACACUUGUGGACAUCUUAAAUAUUCCAAAUGAAGAGCUCACUGGAACAGCGGCAAGAGCCAUUGCAGCAUGCGCUGUGAAUAGUAGCUGUCGAGCAGUUUUCAACAGGCUUGAAGGACUAAGACUACUAUGGUCGCUUAUGAAGUCAAGAAACAACAAGGUAGUUGCUGGGGCAGCCUGGGCCGUUUACAGACUAAUGCAAGACACACCGGUAUGAAAUAACUUCUAUGUUACCUAACUGUUGUGUUCUUUGGGUACUCUAGGUGAAUAAUUUAAUUAUAAUUUCUGAGGUGGACAUAAAUUUAACUACUUUGUUGCAGAUGACCUUUACUUAAGGUCAUUCCACUGAAAUUAUUGAACUUGCACAGAGAUUUUUGUAUAACUUUGCCUACUGAUUGUUUAUAUUGUAGGAACUUAAAUUUUGAGAU